UGAGUAAUGACAGAAGUAUAAAAAUGCCAAUUUGAGUUCGUGGUGUACGUGACAUUUAAUGUAAUUUGAUAACUAUAUAUCUAGGAAAAUGUAGCGUGGACUAAAAAUUCAGACUACUAGCUACAGUUUAAAUACUCCAUCUCAAAAGUUUUCAAUAGCAGCAUGUAUUAAGGUUCGAGGACACGCAUCAAAUGAUGAAAUUCACCAUAAUGCUUUCUGUUUCUGUCGGUUGGAUGUAUCGAUGUACCCACUCGUCUCUUUUUGUCAAACAAUACAACAAUACCAGCUCAUCAUCAAAACAUAAUCAUCAGCUGGAGUAAUCAAAACAAGAUUCGAGGACACGCAUCAAAUGAUGAAAUUCACCAUAAUGCUUUCUGUUUCUGUCGGUUGGAUGUAUCGAUGUACCCACUCGUCUCUUUUUGUCAAACAAUACAACAAUACCAGCUCAUCAUCAAAACAUAAUCAUCAGCUGGAGUAAUCAAAACAAGUGCCGGUGAUCAGAGAAAACGCCGGAUCUCCUCCCACAGUGCCGGUGAUCAGAGGGAGUGCCAAAUCAGCUUCCACCAACGACCCAUUUCUCAAAACGCCCCUCAUGAGGAUGUAUCAGGAGCGGUUGGCCACGAUGGUCUCGUGGUUUGACCAAUGGGACGAGAGUUGUCAGGUGGUGGCAAUGCUGCAGAUGUUGAUAAGACUGCCGCCGACGCAGGCUCGUUUUCUCACCAUUGCGCUGGAGAACAGCUUUUCAGAAUGUGCAGAACUGGCUCUGCGGGAGCAGGAGGCCAACAAUGCAGGAUACAUCAGCAAUCUGUUGAAGGAAGCAAAAGACAAAGCCAUUGAGGAAUUGUUGUUGCAUCUGCCAUUGCUGAGGCCAGGCAACAAGGACGCCAAACACAGAUACCUGGGUGUCAUUCCUGUGUUGCUGAAUUACUGUGUGGAACACAAUAAGUUCUUGGAUAAAGCAUUGAACCUGGUGGUCUACACACUGGUACAUCCGGCACUCAAGGACGACCGCAAGACAUUCGAGCCGUGGCGCAGAUCUCUCGUAGAGAAAAUCGCAGGUGGUAGUGUAACACCUUCCGCCGCCCCAGAAGGCGCAGAAGCAGGUCAGGGCAAGAUCAGAAGAAGCAACAGUCUAACUCCUCCCUUUGCAGGGUCAAGUGCUUCCAACGAAUUGUGGACUUCUCAGGAUGACCUGUCUGUAGUACGCAGAGCCAGUUCAGGACGCAGAUUCUCCCUGUCUCUCUGUGAGCCUCCCCCCCUCUCCCCACAGAGUUCACAGGCCUCCUCAGGUAGUGGCUCCGAGUCCCACCUGGAUGACCUGAGGCCAGGAUUUGAGGCUUGUGGAAUGAGAGAUGUGAAGGGGUGGCUCAAGUCGCUGAGGCUACACAAGUACUCCUGGCUGUUUUCCCAGUUGACUUAUGCACAGAUGUUGUCCCUCUCAGAGGAGACGUUUGAUACUGUAGUGGAGUCAGUAGGAGGUGGACUCUACACAGUCACUCAGGGGGCUCAACGCAAGAUACUGCUGUCCAUCUCCAAGCUGCGCGACCGCUACGGGAUUUUGUGCAGAGUCGAGCGGGAGCUGGAUGAACAGACUUUACUCAACGCUAUGGACGAGGUGAAGAAAGUUUUGUUGACUCCUCUCAAGCCUCAUGAAGACUCUGAUCUAUCCCCAGUGGAUGACCUUCCCUCUCAGGUCACCAGGGUUUUGCAUAAAGUUUGCACGUAUCUCCUUGUGUACCAAGUGACAGAUGAGGAGGCUUUGACUUCAUUCAUCAGUCUGCUGGACUCCUCUCGUCAGUUGGAGGCCUUCACAUCUCAACAGAAGCAGAAUAUGAGUAGUUGGAGACUUGAGAUAUCGCAACACAUCAGCCAAGUGAGGCAGCAAGUUCAUCAACAGCAUCAGCAACGCUAUGGAUACUUGUCAGUUCCCCCCGCUCGGUUCUCCGCUGCCCCCCGCCAUGGGGUCCCCCUCACCCUGAGACACAACCUGGGAGGGCAACGCUCUCAGCCCCACUCAGGACCUCCGCACUCUAGCUUCCUAGCCAAGCGGCCCAGCCUGCAAGACAACCCCUCAGAGUACUCUGUGGAUCCGUCUCACUCCAUGGUACAGAGGACUCACUCUGCCCCGCCACCCCCUGCACAGUCACUAGCUCUAGACACCCCGUCUACCUCCACCUCUGCCACGGCCCCCGCAGCCCCCGUCACACCCCAGGAGACUGACCCGGAGCUGAACCUACGGCUGGAGAGUCUCUGUCUCAGCAUGACUGAACAUAGCCUGGAACUGUAAACUUGACAAGUUGGUGACUGUUUUCUGUUCAUUGUUGUGUAGUCUCUGAGAAAGGUUAAAUUACCUUGUAGCGCUGUGUAAUUCUUUUGCUGGUGUAACUUCCAUGGUUUAAAUUCAAUUAUUCUUUGAGACAGUGCCACACACUUAAGUGAGGAAUGGAGUGGGAUGAUCUGGGCAGCUCUUUUACAUAGAUCAGGUGUUGGUUGCAGUCAGGAUAAUUUAUUAAUCAAUUUAUUUUAAUUUUUUAAUUCAAUGAUAUUUAUGGCUGAAAGAGUCAUUUCCGAAUCAUAAAAUACCUUAAUUGGGUAUUUUGGGUCAAUUUUUGGGGUAUUUUGGGGUAAUUUUGUAUAAUUGGGUCACCUGCCCUGGUGAUUGGGUUUGAUUAAGCUACCACGAGAAAACUAAUACAGUUUGGAACCAUCAAAACUUUUAGUGGCGUACUUUCGAAGUUCCUUAAGACAUUUAAAACCAUGGAAGGCUCUUGCAGCAGCAAAAAAAAAAUCACUCAGCGUUACAAAGUUUAGUUGAUAUUUUUAUUGUGUUUGAUGUUCUUCUGUAAUUGUUGAUUUGUUGUCUUUCUAUAAUUUAAGAUGUUUUUGCUUGAUCCCAUAGUAUAAGUGUGUACUAGUUUAUGAAGUCUGAAAUAGGGUGUUGGCUAUCUUACACCUUUUUUAUUAUAAUAGGAGUUUUUGGAUGUUUUUGUAGUAAAAAAUAUCUUACCCCCGAUUUCAGUUUUUAAUUUAAACUUAGUGUUAAAUAUCUACUCUCCACAAUAUUCUAUGUUGCUAAAAGAUUUUGGAGCUGUGGUUUGUUGUUAGUCACAUGAUCUCGUAUAUUAAAAUUUGAAAAAAUCCUAAUUAUUUUUAUUUGGUAACAUCAGGAUAGAGUAAUCAAAAAGAUUAUAAUACGAUGGUUGGUAUAAAUAAGUGCAAAAAAGUGAAUCUGCAUAAUUAAUAUACAGCAGAACCUCUUUAAUCCGAGCCCCCGUAAUCCGAACGUCCACUAAUCCGAACGCCUCAUUGCUGCACUUUAUACACACUACAGUAGUUCUUUAUUGUAUACUGUAUUCGAUGUACAGUACAGUUUACUCACUAUUUUUACUACUGUAUUAAAUAAACACUGUAUUUUACUUUAUAAAGCAUUUUUUCACUUUUCCCGUACCAAUUACAAUCAAUUUUAGCCAGGUUUUAGCUAAUGUUAUGUAAAAACAUAAUAUGGUCUGUAAUCCGAACUAUUCAAUAGUCCGAACUACCCCCGGUCCCAAUUAGUUCGGAUUAAAGAGGUUCUACUGUACUCCAUAAUAUGUAAUAUGAAAAUUUCAGCUCGUUUUGGAUACUAGUAUCAUUUAAGUUUAUGAAUAACUUUCUACGUUCCUAUAUCAAUAACAAGUCAGUUCUCAUUGCUAAAUAAACCGUAAAGUCUGCUUAUUUUAGAUUUUUCAACUUCAAACAAAGUGUAGGAUGGAAUGAUGAAACUAUUAUUUUGUAAUUUUAAAUGUUUCAAAUAUGGGACCAAGCAAAUUAAAUAAACAUAAUUUUUACUCAAGAACUGCUUGUAAAACAGUUUUUACUGUGUAUUUGAUUUUUAACUGUACAUUUUUAACAUCAGUUAUCCUGUAAUCAUUAAUUGUAUUAUUGUAAUUGCAUGUUUUGGUGUUUGCUCAAAUGAAAACCUUGGUAGUAUUACCAAGAUGGGUUUCUACUAUUUGCUUGUUUUACGUUGCGCCAUAAACGUACAAAUGGUCUAGUUUAAUUUUGAUAUUUACCAUAAGUUUUCGAAAAAGUCAACCAUUUUAUGCCCACUUUAUUUUUUAAAUCGUAACCUUUGUGAAAUAUAUCACAAGCACAAACUUAUUAUAUGCUUUGGAAUUAAUUUAUUUUGUCAUUCAGAAAUACCAAAUACACUAUGGUUUUGAUUCAUUACCAUUCAUACGGUUAAAAUGGGUUGGAUCCAUCUAGUUGGUUCUGUUUCAUCUAGUUUUCUGGAUUUACUAUUUAUUUUUUUGCAAAUAAAAAACGUUUCCCAAUAGUUCUAAGCCUCUCUGUCUGUGGUUAAAUUGGAUCUUAAAAUAUGAAGUUUUAAGAAGUUGCUAUUUUGUAAAUAAUGUAAUAAUUUAAACAAAUGAUAAAAGACUGAAUAUGAGUUACUAUAGUCUAAAACAUUUUUACAGCCAUAUUUAUCUGAACAGAUUUUUGUCCAAGCUAAACCAUUUUGCAUGUACAGUUUUAGCGAAUACAUUUGAACAAAAGAAAAAGUAAUUUGACAUUUUUAAGGUUAAUUUUUGUGUAUUUUUAUAGUUUGCUUUUUAGAGAUGCUUUUGAGACAUCUGAUUUAGGUUUGAUAGUUGUAAGAUGUUAUGAUUUUAUUUUUACCAAGGUGGUUUUUUGUUUUGUUUUGUUAUUUACUAAGUCUAGAACAUAUAGGCUAUAUUUGUAAAAUACUAUCUGAUUGGUGGAUUGUUUUCCAUUUUUGUACCGUGUUACAACUGCCAAGUCAUUUUGAGUAGAGUUGUAGGUUAGUUUUUGUGAUGUUUCAAUCUAGUUGUUUUGAUUUAGCUUUUUUUUAUUAUUACCGUUUUAUGUUAUUUUUGUAAACGUUGUGUUUUCAACUGUAUAUUUUUAUGUUUUUCAUUAUAUGGGACGAAAGUGCCCGGUGAUUAGAUUUAUUAAUUUCAUGUUAUGGGAGUAAAUUCUCCGGUGAUUAGAUUUAAGUUGUUGUGAUAAUCACUGUUCUCAAUGUUCGUAAAAAACAAUGGAAAUUUUUGCCUUCUUACAUGUAAAAAAGUAACAAGUUUUUAUGAAUAAAUGUUCAUCAAUUAUUAAAUCCAUAUAAGUUAAAUUAUUUUUACUUUUGACAGGUUAGUCAUCAAAUAACUCUACUGCUGUAUUACUGUCAUUCACAUAAUUAUUUUUACAGAAAUUUCUUGAUUUACUGUUCCAUUGUUUGUUUACAACAAUUUUGUACAUUAUUUGCGAGAGUUUCAAGUUAGUGGUGCAAUGAUACAAUCUGGAAUGUUGUGCAAUGUCCAGAUUAUUGUAAAUAUAGUUUCUUAUUUAUUCUAUACCAUUUUGAUUCUCAGAUCUAUGUUAUUUUUAUUUUAUUAUUUUAUUAAAUUUAACCAGUGAUUGUGCAAUUAUGGAUUUGUUUUGUAUUUGUGGUAAUAUAGUCUUAGUAUAAUUUGUUUUAUUCUUAUUGUUUCUUAAGGGCAAAGGACUUCCUAUUGUCAAAAAGUAAGAUUACAAUCCAACAUCAAAUCCUCAAUAAUGUCAAUAACUUACAAAUUAAAUACAUAGAAUUUUCAUUUGUAGCAAUAUAUUCUGGAUAUAUUUUUCUUAAGAUUGUCUACACAUUUGUUUUCAAUUAAAAGCCUCAGUUGAAUGUAAUUGUUUGAAGUCAUAUGUUUAAACUACUGUAAGUACCUUGUAUUGAAUGUAGGUCACAAAUAAAUUAUUAAAUUUAACCAGUGAUUGUGCAAUUAUGGAUUUGUUUUGUAUUUGUGGUAAUAUAGUCUUAGUAUAAUUUGUUUUAUUCUUAUUGUUUCUUAAGGGCAAAGGACUUCCUAUUGUCAAAAAGUAAGAUUACAAUCCAACAUCAAAUCCUCAAUAAUGUCAAUAACUUACAAAUUAAAUACAUAGAAUUUUCAUUUGUAGCAAUAUAUUCUGGAUAUAUUUUUCUUAAGAUUGUCUACACAUUUGUUUUCAAUUAAAAGCCUCAGUUGAAUGUAAUUGUUUGAAGUCAUAUGUUUAAACUACUGUAAGUACCUUGUAUUGAAUGUAGGUCACAAAUAAAUUGACUCUUAAGUCAUUUACUAAAUAAAACUAUUGUUUCUUUUCUAUACUUCCCUCAGGAAUUACCUGACUUAUAAUUCCUGAGUCAGGUAUUAUAAGAUAUACUUAUAUCUUCUAUCAUAAUUUUAGUUUAAUCUCAAUAAUUUUAGUUCCUGUUUGUAUUAACUGGAUGUUUUGGAUUUUAA